UGUGAAGAAUACUUUCGACGUGUUGGGGAUCUUUGAUAAGGAAGGUGCGCGGCGAUCGAUUGCUCUCCCGGGGCAACAAGGCACAUCUGUGUGUGUGUGCGUGUGUCGUAUAGCGGCAAGAGUCUCCGACGUCUGGCUGUGUGGCCGGUACGCUCACUCUAAGCAACAUCAUUCACCAUGCCGCAGAACGAGUAUAUUGAGCGGCACAUUAAGCUGUACGGUCGCCGGCUCGAUUAUGAGGAGCGCAAGCGUAAGCGGGAGGCUCGCGAGCCGAAGAAGCGCGCCGCCAUGGCCCGCAAGCUGCGGGGCAUGAAGGCGAAGCUGUUCCAGAAGCAGCGCCGCAACGAGAAGAUCCAAAUGAAGCGCAAGAUCCAGGCGCACGAGGAGAAGAAGGUGAAGAAGACGACCGAAAAGGUGGAGGACGGUGCGCUGCCCCCGUACCUGAUGGAUCGUGGCAUCCAAUCGAACGCCAAGGUGCUGUCGAACAUGAUCAAGCAGAAGCGCAAGGAGAAGGCGGGCAAAUGGGACGUGCCGAUACCGAAGGUGCGCGCCCAGGCCGAUGCCGAGGUGUUUAAGGUGAUCCGGAGCGGCAAGACGAAGCGCAAGGCCUGGAAGCGUAUGGUCACGAAGGUGACGUACGUCGGCGAGAACUUCACCCGCAAACCGCCCAAGUACGAACGCUUCAUCCGACCGAUGGCGCUGCGUAUGAACAAGGCGCACGUGACGCACCCGGAGCUGAAGGCCACCUUCCAUCUGCCGAUCAUUGGCGUGAAGAAGAAUCCCUCCUCGCCGAUGUACACGAGCUUGGGCGUCAUCACCAAGGGUACGGUGAUUGAGGUGAACAUUUCCGAGCUCGGUCUCGUCACACAGUCCGGCAAGGUGGUGUGGGGAAAGUACGCCCAGGUGACGAACAAUCCGGAGAACGACGGUUGCAUCAACGCGGUACUGCUGGUGUAAAGCAGCGGCGGAGGAAGCGGGAGGGGAAAGGGAUGAUAUAUUAAGGGAGGGGAGAGGGAAUUGGUCUGAAUUGGAUUUGUCGCAUCCGGUUAAAGACGGACUGCGUAAUUCUUCAGCAGUGAUAGUGCGCUAGGUAUUAAGCUUUUCUUAUCUAAGAGCAGGGAUAAGUUCGAAUCAAACAAAUCUCUGGCGUAAAGGAGAAGGCACAGGAUCAGGAUUUUUGUACAAACGAAACAACAAGCCCUGAAUAAGAAAGGACCGUUGAAAUAUGGCGCGCUACAUUGUUUAGCGACCGACAAUUUAACAA